AUGUUCAAAUUGGUGGUGUUGUCCGCUCUUUUAGCUCUUACUGUCGCUAAACCAAGCGGAGUAUGGUUAGGGAAUCCAGUAGUAGAAACUUACAGCGCACCAGUAGUAGCUGCAGUACCUUCCGCUGUAAGUCACACCUACAGAAAGGACGUCAUCAGUGAACCAGCAGUCGUUGCUUAUUCAACACCAGUUGUUCAAAAGUAUAUAGCCACAGCUCCUGUUGUCGCCGCCCCCGUUGUUCAGAAAUACGUUGCUGCUCCAGUUGCCGUUCCUGCUGCGGUAAGUCACAGCUACAGGAGUGACAUAGUGAGCAAACCAGUUGUUGCUGCUUAUGCUGCUCCUUGGUCUUAUGGAUAUGGCUGGUGA